CAACACAACUCUCAAAGAACGCCGAAACAAUAUAAAAUAUUUGCUACCGCACCACCCACAACAAAAAAGGCUCUGCUCUUGCUCUUGCUGGUGCUUAGCUUCGAUUUAACGGUUUGACGCCAUCCACAUGCACACUCCCAUUAUUGCAUUCGAAUUUUACCAACACAAAGCAUCAGAUUCGUGGCUAGCAAGUACAUACGGCGAAUAGCAUCCUGUAAAGCCAAAACUUUCUCAUAGGCGCAACGCAAACAAACACAAGAACAACUAUAGCAGAAAGGACACAACAACAGUUGGAGAGUGUCCAACCCAAUCCCGAUGGAGGCCGCAGACGUGCCGGGCGUGGGCUUCGAUUUCUACUGGCAGCCUCCGCCUCAGCUCAUCCUCGAGCCCCUCGACCUCGCCGUCGUCGUCGGCAGCAGCAUGUAUGUGCCGAACGAGGCGGAGUCGAUGCUGCUCGGUCUGAGCUCCUACUGUGAGGAGUCGGGCUCCAACUCCUGCUCGACGGCGGCGGUGGCCACGUCGCCGCCGGUGGGCGCGAGCGCGGCGACCAGGAACAUGGUCAUGGAGAGGGACCGGCGCAGGAAGCUCAACCAGAAGCUCUACGCGCUCCGUAGCGUUGUUCCCAACAUCACUAAGAUGGACAAGGCGUCCACCAUCAGGGACGCCAUCGCGUACAUCGAGCACCUGCAAGAGCAGGAGCGCCGGACACUUGCCGACAUAUCCGCCCUCCAGUCCUCCGCCGUCAAGACGGAGGACGCCACGGACAACGCCGAUAGCUUCCCGUGGAGGAAGAAGAUGAGGAGGGCGCCCGACGACGGCGCCGCUAGCUCCAAUUCCUCCUCGCCGCCAGUCCAGAUCCUAGAUGUGCAGGUGUCGGAGCCAGGGGAGAGGGUGGCGGUGGUGAGCGUGCGGUGCAGCAGGGGCCGGAACGCCGUCGCCAAAGUGUGCCGGGCGCUGGAGCCGCUCCGGCUCGGCGUCGUCUCGGCCAGCAUCGCCGCCGUCGGCGACACCGUCGUCCACACCAUGUUCGUACAGAUAACAAGAGUUUUGUCAUCUGCAGUCAGAAAUGGGUGGUGCUCAGCUGAAGCAGACGAUACAGGCUGCUCUCUCCCAGCUCGAUGUCACCACAAGCUCACUCAAGUCCUCUAGUUAUUGGGAAGACUGAUGCCAUGAAAGCUGGGCAUCUUAACCACCUGCCUGCCGUCAUUUUCGCUGCUUUAUUGAUGAGAAAGUACCAUGUACCAUUCCGCGCGAUGUGAUUAUAUGGCUUUUUUCAAUAUCACGACAUGUGUCGUACUUAUGUAGUAGAGCAUAAGAGGAACGUAUUUGAGCUAAUGCAUGUAAACAUGUAUCCAGAUUUUGGCAAUGUUGACGUUGGGUGUCUCUGGUACCAAAGAAUUUCUGCA